CUUCAUCCAAUAGGUUUCACUGAGUGCCCGCUGUAUGCCAGGCACUGCACUGAGUGCUGCUACUUAGGCGAACAGGACCAAUGCAGUCUAUUCGGGAAGACCUGAUCGCCUCUGAGCGGGCUUUUGUGGUUCUCCGCGGCAUCCCCCACGCCUAACACGCCGCCUGGCACACAGAAGGGGCUCAAUAAAUGUCGGGAGAUUUAAUGAUGUUAUGGAAAUGGCCCUGGACGCCGCCCUCCCGGCUGGGGCUGCUUGCGAAGUCCGGCGUUGGAGCGUCAAGGAGGCGAACGGGGGUCUGCGGCCGGUAGACGGCGCUGUGGGAGCGGGCGGCGGGCAGGGCGCGGGCGGGCCGCACUCCUUCCCGCGGGCCGCGCAGAUGGCGGCGCCGGGCCCCCGGCCCGGGGCGACUCCGGGGCUGGAGGCGACCAUGCAGAAGCUCGCGCUGCGGCGGAAGAAGGUGCUGAGCGCCGAGGAGAUGGAGCUGUACGAGCUGGCGCAGGCGGCGGGCGGCGCCAUCGACCCCGACGUGUUCAAGAUCCUGGUGGACCUACUGAAGCUGAACGUGGCCCCCCUCGCCGUCUUCCAGAUGCUCAAGUCCAUGUGUGCCGGGCAGAGGCUGGCGAGCGAGCCCCCGGACGCUGCGGCCGUGUCUCUGCCCACCUCAAGCGUGCCCGAGACCCGAGGGAGAAACAGAGGCAGCACAGCUCUUGGAGGAGCACCGGCACUGGCCGAACGCAGCAGCCGGGAGGGGUCCAGCCAGAGGCUGCCCCGCCAGCCCAGUGCUACCAGGCUGCCCAAGGCAGGCGGGCCUGGGAAGAGCCCCACUCGGAACAGCAACUAGGAUAGGGCAGAGACUUGUCUCACAUCGGCCUGCUGGGGGCUGCACUGUUCUCCCGAGAGGCUACAUGUUGUUUCCUUCAAUUGAUAAUAAACCUUUCUGGAAAACUGUG